AGACCCACAACCAUCCACACAUCCAGCUUCCACUCCCCUGGAAGGUAACCCCCAUCUCCCUCCUAGCUUUCCUUUGCCUACUGGGACCAACCUGCAGGACUCUUGCUAGCCGCCAGGAGACCAAGACCUAAAAAGAAACGGAUAUCCAAGGUCAAAUCGCUCGUGGGCGCACACUGGCAGUUCCACGGCCUCCCAUCGCCUGCCCAGGACAGCCCGGGCAACAUUUCUGCGCUGCUGGGACUCCGCCCGUCCCUUUGCAGCCCUCCCCACCCCGUCGCGCGUGCAGACCCAGCAGAACCCAGGGGCAGCCAGAGCGACAGACUAGUGUCUUUCAGCGCACCCGGCCGCUCCGACCGCCCUCCCCACAGCCAGGUCCCUCAGUCCCCUCCUCUGACCCCUCCCGUUCCUUCCUAGGCCUUUUCUGCUCCUCAACCUAGGCUCCCUCAAUCCUCUGUUUCUGAUUCUUCUCUGACCCCAAGUCUAGCCUCUCCUGUCCUCACCCUGGUCGCCUCCUCCCGGAUCCCCGCCACCCUCUCUGCGUACCGGGUGACGCAGCACCGCCUCCCGCUCCCGCCUCCCCGCGCCACCGCCGGGCAGACUGCAGGGGCCGCUAACGGUCCCGCGCCCCCCGGCGUCCGCGCGCCCCGCGCCCGGCGGACGAGGCCGCGCCGGCGGCGAUGGGGGCGGCGGAGCCGCUUCACUCCGUGCUGUGGGUGAAACGGCGACGCUGUGCCGUCAGCUUGGAGCCCGCGCGGGCUCUACUACGCUGGUGGCGGAGCCCGGAGCCCGGGCCCUCCACGCCGGGUGCCGAUGCCCGCUCGGUACUAGUGUCGGAGAUCAUCGCUGUUGAGGAAAAAGAUGACUGCGAGAAACAUGCCUCCAGUGGCCGGUGGCAUAAAAUGGAAAAUCCGUUCGCAUUCACAGUCCACCGUGUGAAGCGAGUACGACACCACCGCUGGAAGUGGGCACCGGUGACCUUCUGGAGCGCCGACGAGCAGCUGUGUCACCUGUGGCUGCAGACCCUCCGUGGGCUGCUGGAGAGCCUGACUUCAAGACCGAAGCACUUGCUGGUAUUCAUCAACCCUUUCGGAGGGAAAGGUCAGGGCAAGCGCAUCUACGAAAAAACAGUGGCGCCUCUCUUUACCUUGGCUUCCAUCACCACGGAGAUCAUCAUUACUGAGCACGCCAACCAAGCCAAGGAGACUUUGUACGAGAUCAACACAGACAGCUAUGACGGCAUCGUGUGCGUGGGCGGGGACGGCAUGUUCAGUGAGGUGCUGCAUGGGGUGAUUGGGAGGACUCAGCAGAGCGCGGGCAUCGACCCCAAUCACCCCCGAGCCGUGCUGGCGCCCAGUACCCUCAGAAUCGGCAUCAUCCCCGCAGGGUCCACAGAUUGUGUGUGUUACUCAACAGUGGGCACAAACGACGCAGAGACGUCGGCUUUACACAUCAUUGUUGGGGACUCGCUGGCAAUAGAUGUGUCCUCUGUGCACUACCAAAACACGCUGCUGCGGUACUCGGUCUCUCUGCUGGGCUACGGUUUCUACGGGGACUUAAUCAAGGACAGCGAAAAGAAACGGUGGAUGGGCCUCGUCCGGUAUGAUUUCUCAGGGUUGAAGACCUUUCUCUCUCAUCAGUACUAUGAAGGGACACUGUCCUUCCUCCCAGCACAGCACACGGUGGGCUCUCCACGGGACAAUAAACCCUGCCGGGCUGGGUGCUUCGUGUGCAGGCAGAGCAAGCAACAGCUGGAAGAAGAGGAGAAGAAAGCCCUGUAUGGCCUGGAGAGCGCCGAGGAAGUGGAAGAGUGGCAAGUGACGUGUGGGAAGUUCCUGGCCAUCAACGCCACCAACAUGUCCUGUGCUUGUCCUCGGAGCCCUGGGGGCCUGUCCCCAUUUGCCCAUCUGGGAGAUGGGUCUUCUGACCUCAUCCUUAUCCGGAAAUGUUCCAGGUUCAACUUCCUGAGAUUUCUCAUCCGGCACACGAACCAGGAGGACCAGUUCGACUUCACUUUUGUUGAAGUUUAUCGAGUCAAGAAAUUCCACUUCACAUCGAAGCACGUGGAAGAUGAGGACAAUGACUUGAAGGAACAAGAGAAGCAGAAGUUUGGGAAGAUCUGCAAGGACAGACCCUCUUGCGCCUGCUCAGCCUCCAGAAGCUCCUGGAACUGUGAUGGGGAGGUCAUGCACAGCCCCGCCAUUGAGGUCAGGGUCCACUGCCAGCUGGUGCGCCUCUUUGCUCGGGGAAUCGAGGAAGAGUCGUAAGCAAGAAUCUCAAAGCCCGGGAGCCGUCAGCCUUGAGCUCGGGGAGUGUGGAAAUUACUUAAGAAAAAUUCGACAGACCAGUUAUGUUGAUAUAUCCAUUUGAAUUUAGAAAUUUAUUUUUGAUAGGUAAAUCUUGGUUUUUAGAAAAGACAGCUUUGUCAACAGUACUGUAUCCUUACCUGGCGCCCUCAGCCCGCUUUCUAGUCACUUCUCACUUGCUCUCAGCAAAUGGCACCUGCUGGUUCGGGGCAUUGGCUUCCUAGAUUUUAGCCAUGCCAACCGUGCAUAUUUCAAAAUGGCCCCUUAGUGGGCUACACUGCAAUAAUUUUAGGGACAUUAUAAUAUGACUACAUCCCAGGAAUGCUACCAUGGGUAACAACCUGGUCACCUUGACCCCUUUGGUGGGACUUUCUCUGGAGUUGUCCAUGACCAGGUUUCGGAAGGUAAAUAAGUUGUCUUCGCCUUCGCUUUAUACACCUUCAUUUAUGAUCAGGACGUCACUACAUGACCCUUGCUGCACACCGCGACUGUAAGUCAGCGAGGUCCUCCGCUCAGCCACGCCUGCAAAGCAGGGCCAUGCUACUGCGAGAAGACAUCCUAUCCUCAGGAUCCCCACAUCUGCUGCCAUCACAGCCGCAUCCUGUGAGAUAAUCCAGCAAAGCGCCCUCUUGGAAGCUUCAUUCUGUCAGCCCCGGUAGCCUGCACACCCUGGCCAGGACAGUCUGAAGCACUGGCUAAGAGGAGGCUCCAUUUGGAAUCAAAGCACUUCUACAGCUGGGUUUUGAGGGAGGUAGGGUGUGGCGGGGACAGAGAGUAACUGACACACACAGAGGGUACUCUGUGAGUUCGAUACCACCCUCAACCUGACUGUCACCAGCGGAUGGUGGGUGAUCUCAGGUCACCCCCCAGGUACUCUGGUGCAAGCCUUAUGUCUACUCCUGGGUCCACAUCCAUUCUUCCCGCACCGUGGAUUCUGUCCCACGUACUUAUUCACAGCUCUCUCCCUGUCCAUCACACCUUGGCUAUUUGCUCUGUCUCCACAAGGGGGCCGCUAGCUGCUCUGGCUGAAGCCCUGGGUGCAUGACCGGUUCUCCUCUGAAGGCAUUCCCGACCCAGGGGACUUCUCGGCCACAUACUUUAUGACCAGUGCUGUGUCUCCAGAUGGACGCAUCUGAAAUGUGUAUCAAAGGGUUUUAUUCGAAAUUCAGGCCCACACAGCUUAAACUUGACUUGCAAACGGGGAAGGGCACAGACUGUUACAAGAGCAGGUUUUAGGUUCUGCACUGAGAAAAGUGUGCACCUCGGGCGGGUCCCGUUACUCGCUCCAGAGUUCUGCAGGCCACAGGGCUUUCUAGGUGCCCUUGUACUGACUUCUGUUUCGAGGCAUACACAAAAUCCUCUGUUUCGUAUUCAGUCCCGUCCGGACAAAAGAGCAGCUGUAAAGGCGGCUAUGUUUAGGGACCACUUCAAAGGCAAUUGUGCGGCGGUGCUAUUUAAUGAUUGUCGAGUAGAAGGCAGGCUAGAAAGAGUAAAUGCAACUAGCAGUGUCUAUCCAGAUCUGUCCCUGGAUGGGCAGAACCUAAAGGAGCCAGACUAGCAGCUCUGUGAGUUGGUAGGCAGCCCCUGGAGCAGCGUGAGGGCAGAUGCUCGGUUGGCCACCUCAAUGUGCCCCACCCCCACCCCAGCAUUCCAGAGGGGGCUCAGGGCCCGAGGCAGCUGUGGGUGCCCCUGGAUCUCAGGAACUGCACUGUCCUCCAAGGAUUCAGGUCUUCACCGACCUUGCUACAUGAUACCCACGCCCUGGUUCACCCUCUGCCACUGCCAGUGCUGGAGGAGAGAUGCAGACAGAGGGUCCUUUUUCGGUGCUUAGUGCAAGCCACGCUCGGAAUCUCCAACCCCGGCGCCAUCAUGGAACAUCACAAGUGUCAGACAUUUAGGGCCCUUGACACAGGUGUGCAGGAUGGAAGGGGGUGGCCCUGACAUUCCCAAGCAGUAGACAGUCUUCAUGAUGCUUUUUAGAUGCAAUACCCCAAACCUCCCGGAUCUUAGGUAUUUUAGGAGGAAAAAACAGGGGUAAAGGUUAGACAGUGGCAACUUAGGAUCCUGUUAGUGUCUGGCCCAUGUUUUAACUCCCACUGGUGCACACCAAUUAGGCAACAGUCGGGGUAACUUUCUUGUUUAUGGAAACAAGUAGCAGGAACGGGGAGUGGCUGGUUUCCCACAGGAUGCUUCAGUCCUCAAUGCAAUUUCCUGGAGCUGGGAGCAUUGACUGGGAGCACUGACACGAGAAUGGCCCAAUUAUGCCUCCUGGUCUUGCUGGCUUCAAGAUUAGAAAGUGGCAUAUUUGAUCUGGUAUGUUUGAGAAUACAAAAUAAUAAUAAUAAAGUUACUUUGGGCAGAAUAUGGCCUCCCCUCACCCUCCUUUACAA